AUGGCUGCUGAUGACUUGAUUUGCAUGGUGUCUUUAGGCGAGAAUGCCAUAUUUAUGAAGCUAAUGUCGACAACAAGCUUUUAUGAACUGAAAUAUGGUGUGGCUGAAAGAUUGAAAGUACCUGAAGAAUCUUUUUCCCUGAUAUAUAAAUCUGAGAGGCACCCCAACCUGAGUUUUUCGGUUGAGAACGAAGCUGACCUGAAGUGCAUGUUGGAGCACAAUCGAAAUAUUGGUUGUACGGAGAUUCAUAUGCAGGCUGCUGUUAAUGUAGAGUGUUCCACGUCAGGGAAGAAUCAGAAAGAUAUUAGGGAAAUGGAUGCCUCUUUGAAUGCAGAUUAUAGUUGUCCUCCUCCAGGAAAUGCAUCCAAUUCAGAGAGAAUCCAAACUGAUUUUCCGUCUGGUGAGGUUGUAAUGAGGGCUGAUGAUAUUCUCAAUAACACUUCGAGCAUUCCUCAAUGGUGGCACACAGCAUUAACUGAAAAGGGGCAACAAUUUGAAACCGUAACUGAAUUGAGACUAGCUUUGCAAUACUAUUCCAUCGCCAAAAAAUUUGAAUAUGAAUUUGUAAAGAAUGAACCCAAACGUAUCCGCGUUUGUUGUCGAUAUAAGGAGACGUAUGGAUGCCCUUGGAUGCUCUUUGCAGCUCCUGUUAAAAAUGAUAAAAGAAUGGAAAUCAAAAGGUUUGUGAAUGAACACAGUUGCGGACAACAUUCUAGCUUGUCAGGGCAAUCACGGGCAUCUCGCAAGUUCAUAGCAGCCCAAUUGCGACCGGUAUUAAAGGCACGACCUGAAAUCCGCCCAAUUGAUGUGCAAAAGGACUUCCUCACUCGUUUUGGAUUGAGACUUGAAUACAGUAAGAUAUGGUGGGCCAAAGAAAGAGCGCAGCAAGAUAUGUAUGGUGAUAGCUAUGAGGCUUAUGAUCAAUUAAGAUGCGGCAUUGUUGUACAGGGUUUCUUAAAUGGCUGUAGACCCCUUUUAUUUUUGGAUGGGACCUUUUUGAAAGACAGAUAUAAAGGCAUGCUUCUGAGCGCCAUAGCCUAUGAUGGAGACCAAGGGAUAUUUCCACUUGCGUAUUGUAUAUGUGAUCAAGAAAAUAUUGAUAAUUGGAGAUGGUUCCUACAAGGUCUGUGGUCCAUACUGUAUGAAAGAUCAAAGCUCAAGGAUUUGGGAAUGAAGGCAAAGGACACACAGGUUUUGGGGAAUUUGCUCCAAACUGCUUGCUAUAAAUACACUAUAGCGGAAUGGAACGACUACAUGAAGGAAAUUUAUGAGAUGGCUCCAGCCACAUAUGAGAUUGGAAUUAAUUACUCGCCAGAGCAUUGGGCAAAUGCCUUCUUCCCUGGCAUUAGAUAUGGCCAUGUAACCUCUAAUGUCGCAGAAUCCUUUAACAGCUGGAUACGUGAAGCCCGUUUGUUACGUAUCCUGCAAAUGGUGGAGCAUAUCCGAAAACAACUUAUGACUCGCAUGAACAACAGACGGAUAAUGGCGUGUAAGUGGACAAGCUAUCUUUGUCCUAAAGCUGAGAAGAUUGUUAGGGAAAAUAUGGAAAAAGGGCACACUUUAGAGAUUAGGCAAUCUAGAGAUGAUAUUUUCGAAGUGCAAUCACAUAGAACCACUCGCGUUGAUUUGGAGAAUAGAACAUGCACUUGCCGAGCUUGGGACGUAACCCGUAUUCCUUGUGUCCAUGCUUGUGCAGUCAUUAUUUAUAUGAAAAGAGAUGUAUAUCAAUAUUGUGAUUGGUUCAUGUCCGUAGAAGCGUUUAAGAAGAGCUACGACGAAAUAUUAUAUCCCAUACCAGACUAUGAGAAGCGGAGUGUGCCCAAGGAUGAAAUCCAGAUUUUGCCACCACUUACCACUAAGAGGAGGGGAAGAAAUAGAACAAGACGCAUAAACAACAGAACCAUAUACAAACGGCCCGUCAAAUGUUCUCGGUGCAAAGUUGAAGGUCACAAUAGAGCAACCUGCAAUGAGCCCAUCCGUGACUAG